AUGGUAGUUAAUGCAGGAGAAGGCACUAUAGACGUUAUCGUGCACGAGAUAGUUGGCGAUAAAAAGCUGAAGGAACUGACGUCGGCCAGCGGAGGGCCAUGGGGAGGUACACUGGUUGACAAAGAAUUUGAUGCCUUCAUGGAGACAAUUUUCGGCAGAGACUUUUAUUACCGGUUCAAAAACGAAUGUGUAGGCGAUUACAUUGAUCUUCACAGAGAGCUUGAACUUAAAAAGAGGAACGUUAAUUCAAACGACGAUAGAAAAGAAACCUUCUCAUUGCCAUUUGCUUUGCUCAAGUUGAUGGACAAGGAAAUGGCUACGUUAUUUGACCAACGGCUGCAAAUAUACAAUGGCGAUGUUUCUUUAAAGAAUGGAAAACUAAGGAUUGCCAGCGAGAUAAUGAGAGGAUGGUUCAAAGAAUCCUGUUUGAAAACUACACAGCACUUAAAGAGUAUUUUGCAACAAAAAGGAUGCGCUGGAACAGACACCAUUUUGUUGGUGGGUGAUUAUGCCGAGUCCCCAAUGUUGCAAAGUGAAAUUAAAGAUGCAUUCAGAGAUAAGACAGUCAUAAUCUCGGAUGAAGCCGGCUUGGCCGUAUUAAAAGGCGCGGUUCUGUUUGGAAACGACCCUCUAGUUGUAGUAUCAAGAAUUGCAAGAUGCUCCUAUGGCAUUUGUGUGUUCCGCGAUUUUGACCCAAGGAUACAUGCACAGGAAAAGAAAACAGUCAUUGGAGGAAAACUUAAAUGCAAGGAUAUCUUCGCAAAACAUGUUCAAAGAGGUGACGAGCUUACCGUUGGACAGGCACAGUUGCACCAACGGUAUUCUAAAUUAGAAGCUGACCAAAUCUCGUUUGUCCUGGAUAUAUAUACAUCCACCAAUGCCGAUCCAAGAUUCGUUGAUGAUAAGGAUUGUACGUACCUUGGAUGCCUCGAGAUAGAAGUUCCCCCAGAGGACAGCAAAGAUAAUGGCAUCAAAGUUAACAUGACGUUUGCGGAAACAGAACUGGAGGUUGAAGCCAGAGAUGAAAAAUAUGGAAAAACGAAAAAGGCUACCUUUGAUUUUUUGGUAGACAACCUAAAUCCACAGUCAAAGAUUGCAUUGUAA